AUGGAGUACUGUCCAAGUGAUCUCGAAAAAUUUUUAAGUGAAAGGCAAAAGUAUACCAGUCCAUGUUUAAUUCAGAAUACAUUAUCUGAAGUCGCGAAAUGCGUGAAAGCUUGCCACGAUCAUAAAAUAGCCCACUGCGAUAUUAAGCCUUCAAACUUUUUAGUUGAUAAGUAUGGCCGCCUAAAAAUUGCAGACUUUGGUAUGGCAACAAUGUGCAAUAGAUCGAAGCCAUCUGCUUCCUUCCAUGGAACAUUAUUAUUUAUGGCCCCAGAAAUUUUCGGUAUUAAUUAUUAUAACCCUAGCACAGCUGAUAUAUGGGCUAUGGGUGUAACUAUGUACUAUAUUGUUACAGGACAAUAUCCAUUUAAUGGCUUAGAUCAAAGAGCAGUAAAAGAUAGCGUUGAAAAAGGAAUCUACAACCAAGAACCUGUCCGCGACUCCUUACUUCGAGAUUUGAUUUCAAGAUGCCUUGAAACAGAUCUUAUGUAUCGCGCGACAAUUGAUGAAGUUCUUUCUCACCCAUACUUUGAGAAGACAUUUUCACAUGGUAUAAUGAGCCCUAAUCAAAGAAGUACUGAUAACAUUGUACGUCCGUCAAUUCCAAAUGGACGAAAAUUAAAUCGGAACAGAUCUCAUAAUACUUUUAAUCUGUCAAGCUUCUCUAGAGUUCGUAGUCAAAUACCUACUAUAAUUGAGUAA